AUGUUCCUAGACGCCCCAAAUCCCACGCAGUUACAAUUCGUGCCGCCUAGGAAGAGAGCUAAUCCACCACCUCCUCUCAUUUUAAUCCAUGAUGGCGGAGGUACAACUUUCAGUUACUUCCUCCUUGGAAACCUGCAUCGGGAUGUAUGGGCCAUCCACAAUCCGAAGCAUGGGGACGAUUCCGUAUGGGAAGGAGGUAUAGAUGGAAUGGCCAAGCACUAUAUUUCUCUCAUUCUGCAGGCCGGAAUCACUGGAUCCAUUGUGUUGGGAGGUUGGUCUUUCGGUGGCUAUAUGUCCAUCGCGAUUGCGAGGUUGUUAGCAGAUGACUCGUCUGUCAAUCUCCAGAUUGCCGGAUUGCUCAUUAUUGAUGCCCCGUACCAUCGUUCCGUGUCCGACGAUAUGCUAGACGAGUACGAAAAUGAGCGGGAGGGAACCCCGGAGCCCUUCUUCAAGGACAGCAGUAACCCGCUGAUGCAGAAGUCUUUCGAGAGCACAUGUCUCAUGCUGGUGUGCUGGGACCUGCCGAGCUGGGAUGCCCCAGUAUGCCAGGGAAGAACGAUGCAUGUUGUGUUGCCCCAGAGAUCUUUCAUUCUGCAACAGGGCGACGUACUUCAUAAACCUCUUGGCGGUGCCUGGAAACCCGUGACAACGGCGACACACCCGCCACCUACUGUUAAUGUGGAAAAUCCUGCGACUGUGCCACCAGCUGUCAUGCUACGCUGCACGCAGCCAACUCGAGGUGUCUACGAUGAAUUCCGGGACGAAAAGCUCCUCGGCUGGGAAUCGAGGUAUCCUGAGUUUAUCAAAGCUGUUAUUGAUAUCGAUGCCGAGCACUACACCGUGUUUGACAAGUUUGAUAGCGCCAAGAUGAAAAACUUGACAUUACAAGUGAAAGACGGCCUCCGUAUCCUGGACAAUAUGCGAGUAUUCUCUGAAUGA